AUGUCGUCUCAAGAUCAAACUGAGCCUUGCGCGGCUCCAAAUGCCCCAGUGUCCCCGAACGAAUCAAACCACGAAACGCCAGAGCUUGUUCCUCCAGAGCAGGCCUCAAGCGACGUCUCUGGCCAUGACGAGCAAAAUCUUGGCUCCAACCAUAUCCAAGCCGAGCGUCCUCCCCAGCCGUUCACCUUCGGCACCGUCCAUGAGGGCCUCGGCGUGGACGACACGCUUGACGGCUGCGAAGGGCCGUGGGACUAUUUCCCAGGUGGACACCACCCAGUUCACCUGGGAGAUAGAAUCGGUCCGUACGAGCAGUACCGUGUCAUCAACAAGCUAGGCACCGGGGGCUUCGCCAAUACCUGGUUAUGCCGUCUGCUCGGUAAAGAGCCGACGGUCUAUGUGGCCAUCAAAAUCGUCCAAGCACACCUGUCCGGCGAGUAUAACCGAGAGAUGGAUAACGCCAGCCGUCUUCAUCAGCUCGCCAAGCUUGACCCGGACAUCAAAAAGUAUUGCCUGCUUCCGUAUGAUUAUUUCGAGCUGGAGGGGCCCAAUGGGUUCCACGAUUGCAUUGUGUAUCCGGUUGCCGGGCCCACCCUGUGGGAUAUCGCGGCGACGGUCGAGAGCCCGCACGCUUUCCUGCGCGGUCUGGCUCGCCAGGCUGCUGAGGCCAUGGCUGUGCUUCAUCGCAAUGGACUCUGUCACGGAGAUUUCCGCCCGAGUAACAUCCUCCUCCGCGUUGACGGACUAGACGGCCUUUCAGAGGAAGAGCUCGCCGGCGUCCUAGACCAGCCGUCCGGCCCAACAGUCGUCAAGCUCGACAACGCCAACCCAGAAGCAAAUCCGCCCCGGUACAUCCUGCGCCCAGCGCUCUGGAUCACGAAGCGCCUAUUCACCGACCAGAUCUGCGUCAUCGACUUCGGCGAGUCCUUCAACGUCUCCGACCCCCCCGAGCACAACGGCAUCCCAUUCGACUAUGCCCCGCCCGAACUGGCCCUGUGGGGUGCAUUCGGGCCGUCAAGCGACAUCUGGGCCCUGGCCUUAACGAUGUUCGAGAUCCGGCUCGGGCGGAAACUGUUCCUUUGCCCGGAAGCCGAUGUCUCCCCGUACCUCUGUGCGCUGGUCCACUAUUUCGGCAAACUGCCGGAGCCGUGGUGGGUUGAGGCCGGGUGGGCGGAGGCGGCGACCUUCGCGAUCAAGGAAUACAGGGGCAGGGACGUUGACCCCCGUGAUCCUGAAGAGCCGAUGAAUCAGGACUGCGACGUCGUGCGACGGGGGACCCUGCAGAACGAAAUCUCGCGACCCGUCGGACACUUGCUUUCGCUGCCGGACGGAUCCAGCUGGCAUGGGCCUCUGGUCGCCGAGGAGAGGGAGCUCUUCGAAGACCUGAUCUUCACGAUGAUGGAUCUGGAGCCCGAGAAGAGGCCGCCUGUCGAUGAGGUCCUCCGGCAUCCUUGGUUCUCUUACCCAUCCAACCCUGCCCCAGAUAGCCCGGGGCCUGCCCCUGCUGGGCCUGAACUUGAGCCGAAUCCCACUCCCGUCGACAUCCUCCCGUCACCAGAAGCUCCCGCUCAGCUAUCUCGGGCUGACACGCAGGCAGAGACUGAGGCUGCCGCUUCGACCCCAGCGGAGAUGCACUCUGUUGACGUUGAGAUGCCCGAUUCGCCGGGAGAAGAGCGCUCCGGGUCGACUUGCGACUGCCCGCCUGAAGAUGUUGAGCAUGACCUUCUGGACCCUGGAGUCUUGAAGGUGGUUCGAGGGGAUUUCUGCAAGAGUGUCACGACGUGGUUCCAGUCUGUUAUCCGGGCGUUGCGCUUUUAA